AUGUUGUCGCCAGCUGUCACCAAUAUCGCUGUCAUGCUAGUCAUGAUGCAACUGUCCCGUAAGAUAGAUAUGGAGGACGAAACUAACAUUCUGUACAUCAGAAUUGCCUACGUGUCCUGUACCGUCCUGGGAUUCCUGAUCUACCAGCUCGUCAGACGCAAGAUCGUCGCCACCAACGAUUUGACCAAGUUGAAGAUUGUCAAGCCAAAGAACGCCAUGAAGCCAAACGAACCAGAACAGGUCGAAUACACCACCGUAAGGGACUACGAUUUGACCGAGAUCGACUCCGCCAUCAAGUCUAUCUUCACAGGUGUUGCCAUGAUGGGGUUCAUGCACUUGUACAUGAAAUACACAAACCCACUGUUCAUGCAAUGUAUCAACCCUAUUAAGUCCGCCUUGGAGCACAACGAAACCAAAAUUCACUUGUUCGGUAACGCUGCCACGGGGGAAUUGAAGAGACCAUUCAAGACUCCAAGCUUAUUGGACGGGUUCAUGGGUAAGCCAGCCACCGACGCUGCCGACGCCUCGAAACCAAAGAUAGAGGAAAUCUCCUCCGCUGAAGGUGUCAAGACCGAAUGA